ACGAAGUAAAACAACAGCAAAACGCUGUGUUAAAUAGCGACAAAAUGACACAAUACGGCAAUACUGGCAGUCAAAUACAUUCCAAAUUAGACAUUCAAAAGUUCCCAGAGGACAUGCAACAUAAUAAUAGCGGUGGCAAUAGCAUCGACAACAGCAACAUCAACAGCAACAGCAACACUAAUUCGGGCGCCAACAAUACACAAAAUGGCAAUACAAUAAUUUUAACGCCAACAUCAUUAAAUGCAACAACAACAACAACGACGGCAACAACACUAAAUGCACCGACAGCUAUGAUUACGGGUGUUGGCGGGGGUGGAGGAGGCGGUAACAAUAGUUGUGCUGUUAGUUACACGGGCAGUACUCGCCUAACAUCGGAAGAAUAUAAAGGACCAAAAUUUUGGCAAUACUUAGUAAGACAUUGGCCAGUUAGUUCUCAACCACUAGCCUUAUUAGGUAUUUUUGUACUUCUCUGGACCAUUGCUGAUAUUUAUUUACCUGAAUAUGCAAAAGCUUCAUCUGUUAUAAUGCGUAUAGUUCUACUUUUUGUUGGAGCACAAAUAACUGGCAUCUUGGUGACGUUUUUGCGUCUACCUGAUAUGCUUGGUAUGCUCUUUUUCGGUGUCGUCUAUACAAAUGUUGGCUUAGCAGAUUUUAGUGGCUAUCAGAAAUUCGAAGCAAUUUUAAGAGAAUGUGCUUUGAUAAAUAUUAUGUUAUUAGCUGGUCUUGGUCUGGAUGGCAAUGCUUUCAAGAAACUAUGGUUCAUGAUAUUACGUUUGACUUUAGUGCCAACUAUUGCAGAAGUAACUGUUAUUUCAGUAAUGGCUAGACUUUUACUCGAUAUGCCAUGGUUGUGGGGUAUAUUACUAGGUCUUGUAAUAACUGCAGUCUCGCCUAAUGUUGUGAUUACGGUAAUGCUAAAGCUUAGAGAAGAACGAUUAGGUCUUAAUAAUGGAAUUCAUACGCUCAUAUAUGCCAUGACGGCUUGCAAUGAUGUAGUAUCGAUAUUCUUAUUCAGUGUUAUUGUGGCAGUAAUUUUCUCUACUGGCACCUUAACGGAGCAGGUAUUAUUAGGACCCAUUGGCAUAUGCAUUGGUCUUGUAUUUGGUUAUCUGUUUGGUAUGAUGUUGCAAUAUCUUCCAUCAAAAAAAUCGCGCUACGUGUAUGGACUGCGAUUUGUUUUAACUGUCUUAGGUGGCUGCAUCUCUGUGAUGGGCAGUAAAGCCAUUGGCUAUCCAUCGGCCGGCGCUCUGGGAUGUGUGACAGUCGCCUUUAUUGCGAAUAUUGGCUGGAAACAAGACCAACGGAAAAUGACGCCCGAGCAACUACAGGAAAACGAAAAU